AGUGCGCUUCAGCACAGGCACCGGCUGGGGGCGAGCAGACCUCGAGCCGCCGCAGCCGUUGCGACUGCCGCAGCGGAGUUCAGAGGGCCCGAGGUGGGAGUCUUCCCACACGGUCAUUGAGAUGUCUUCCACGGCGGCUUUUUACCUUCUUUCUACCCUGGGAGGGUACUUGGUGACCUCAUUAUUGUUGCUGAAAUACCCGACCUUGCUGCACCAGAGAAAGAAGCAGCGAUUCCUCAGUAAACACAUCUCUCACCGCGGAGGUGCUGGAGAAAAUUUGGAGAAUACAAUGGCAGCCUUUCAGCAUGCAGUUACAAUUGGAACUGAUAUGCUAGAAUUGGACUGCCACAUCACAAAAGAUGAACAAGUUGUAGUGUCUCAUGAUGAGAAUCUAAAGAGAUCAACUGGGGUCAAUGUAAAUAUCUCUGAUCUCAAGUACUGUGAACUUCCACCUUACCUUGGCAAACUGGAUGUCACAUUUCAAAGAGCAUGCCAAUGUGAAGGAAAAGAUAACCGAAUUCCGUUACUGAAAGAAGUUUUUGAGGCCUUUCCUAACACGCCCAUUAACAUCGAUAUCAAAGUCAACAACAAUGUGCUGAUUAAGAAGGUUUCAGAGUUGGUGAAGCAGUAUAAACGAGAACACAUAACAGUAUGGGGUAAUGCCAGUUAUGAAAUUGUAGAAAAGUGCUACAAAGAGAAUUCAGAUAUUCCUAUACUCUUUAGUCUACAACGUGUUCUGCUCAUUCUUGGCCUUUUCUUCACCGGCCUCUUGCCCUUUGUGCCCAUUCGAGAACAGUUUUUUGAAAUCCCAAUGCCUUCUAUCAUAAUGAAGCUAAAAGAACCACACACCAUGUCUAGAAGCCAAAAGUUUCUCAUCUGGCUUUCUGAUAUCUUACUAAUGAGGAAAGCUUUGUUUGACCACCUUACUGCUCGAGGCAUUCAAGUGUACAUUUGGGUAUUAAAUGAAGAACAAGAGUACAAAAGAGCUUUUGAUUUGGGAGCAACUGGGGUGAUGACAGACUAUCCAACAAAGCUUAAGGAUUUUUUACAUAGUUUUUCAACAUAGAAAAAAUAUGUACAUGGAUGAAUUCAAUGAAAAUAUGAAAAAAACCUAAGAAAAAAACAUUUCACCAUCAUUUCCCUAAGCCAUUUCCAGAAUGGUAAGAGUUUGAAUCAGUUACGUUUUUAUUACCUCAUUUUUAAGCCUGUAUGAGAAUGUAGAAACUAUAUAUUGUAUAUUUAUUUUAAACAAUAUUGCAUUUGUGUAUUUUACAAUUGUAAAUUGUCUAGAAAGAUAACUGUGAGAUGUAAGUAGAAGAUUAUUGAUCAAGAUUUCUGUAUAUGAUGCAGUAUUCUACUAUUAUAAGUAAUUCUGAAAUCAAAGACUAUUGGAUAAAAUUGGUAUUAGCCUUCACUAGAAUAAGAUUAACUAAUUAAUAAAAAAAAUUAUUGAAGGUCAUUACAGCUAUUUGUAUUGUCUUGUUGUUCCUAUGUAUAUCGUAGUUAAAGGGCAAAAAUAAAAUCAGUGAUACAGUUAAUCUGGCAAGUUAAACAUUGAAAACAGCAGGCAGGCACUAGGAGAUAACUAAAAGUUGAUUACUUGAUCAGAAAUAAAAUCUGUAGACUGAAUUAGAUUUUUCAGUUGCCGAUGUGAAUGGGGACUUUCUAUUUGGAACCUUUUUAAGGUGUGUAACAAUUCUACAUGGUCCCUUUUCUGAAAACAUUAAAAAUGGACUAAUCAAUUGUAAAUUAAGACAAGAUCCAAAUAGUCAUAUUUUUAUGUUUCCUUUAAAGAAAUGUAAGAUUUCCAUGUUUGGCAUCGACUGAGUCUACUUAGAGAUUUUACACAAUAUCUUGAAUUCUAAUAGUCAUAUUAAACUGAUGAAAGUACAUAUCAUUGUAUCUAAUACUUAUGGUAUGGACCUCCUGUUUCUGAUCUUUAAAAAUUCAUUCUUCUGAGUGUUAAAUAGAAACAAGAUUUUCCAAAGUAUUAGAAAAUACUUUCUCAGCUUUUUGAUGUGACUUUACGUAAGUCUGUUUCUAAUCUUUUUAAUUUAUUUUCAUGAUCUCAGAUUGUGAGGUACAUAUAAUCUGGAAUAAUAAGUGUCUUUUACCUAGAUUAUCUCUCUCAUACGGAGUUUGGCAGCUAAACAGCUCUGAAGGAUGACUGUAUUCUCCCUUCUGUCCCUGGAUGACAUAAAUAUCAUUUGCUUUGUUAUUUAAACUGAAAUAAAGUUUUACAAGAA